AUGUCCCUCACAGAAACCGAGAUUCAGGCCAAGGCCGCUCUGCAAAAGUCUCUGCGUGAAUCUGAAGAUCUCAUUCAUUUUGAGCCGAGAGUUUACGGCGAUUGGCGCGAUGAGUUCCAUGAGAAUGGUUGUGUUGUGAUCAAAAAUGUCAUCAGCAAGGAAAAGGCCAAGUACUACUGCGAUAAGCAGAUCGAAUGGCUCCACAAGUUUGACCUGGGAUUCGACGAGAAUGACGAGAGCACAUGGACAGCUGAGCAUUUACCGGUUAAUUUCAAGGGAGGAAUGUACUACGCCUAUGCCGCACCACAUGAAAAAAUGGCAUGGGAAGCCCGCAUGGAMCCUGCCGUUAUCGAAAUCUUCGAGAAGCUAUGGGAAACUAAGGAACUAAUUUCAUCAUUCGAUGGCUUGAACGUUUCCUUGCCCCGACGGAAAGAUCUGACGGGGACCCCUUGGCCACACUGCGACCAGAACCAAGCUCGUAAGGGCAUGCAGGCCGUUCAAGGUUUACUCAACUUUGCGCCAAACGGUCCCAAGGACGGAGGCUUAGUCUUGAUGAAAGGCUCUGCGAAGUUGUUCAAUGAAUACUUCUCUCAGGACAGGGAGUCUUAUGCACACGAAGAUGCUCCCCCACCAGAGCUGAAGUACCAGGAUCUGUUCUUAUUCGACCCGAAAGACCUCAAGUGGUUUGAAGACCGUGGCUGUGAGCUGGUCAAGAUUAACAUGGAACCCGGUGACUUUGUUCUCUGGGACUCCCGUACCAUUCACUAUGCUGAGUUGCCUCAAGGCAACCAGAUCCGACAUGUUCAGUAUAUUUGCAUGACGCCUCGUCGAUUCGCGACUGAAGAAGCGCUGGAGUUGAAGAAGCAAUGUUUUAACAGCUGGAUGGGUACUACCCACUGGCCACACUGCAAUAUCCGCCCAUCAGCUGAGAAGCCUAUGCGAAACGGCAAAGUUUGCCCCAAAUACCGCACAGAACCAUUCGAGAAGCCUGAGCUUACGGACCGUCUGCUGCAGUUGGCUGGAGUGAAGGGUUACGAUUAA